AUGCCUCGAGCCAUGGCCUCGACCAUGGUUGGCCUCGAUGGCUACCUGGCAGCCAAAUCCCGAGUCCCUCGGCCAGCUAUGCGGCUUUUGAGGGACUCUUUGAGCGGAUAUGAUAAAACCGCCCAAAAGCAAGCAGAGCUGAUGCUCAUGCAAGCCAAGAGCUCGCCCGAUAUCAAUAACUACCUGGCCUAUAUUGCUUCCCACCCCGAGCUCCCCAAUGGUGUUACGAUGAACGAUGACGCUUGGUCGAUGGUUCGGUCCUCCUCCGCCGUCAUGCUCAAGAAUAAUGUCAAAUCGGAUUACAAGCAAAUUUCCGCCGAUAGCCUGGCCUUCAUCAAGGUUGCUGUUAUCGGUGCGCUCCAGGACAAGCAUGCCUGGAUCAGGAACCACAUUGGCAUCGUCGCGACGGAACUUAUCAAGCGAGGCGGUCUCCUAGCUUGGCCCGAGCUUCUCCCUACACUCAUGAGCAUGUGGACGAACGAGGGUGGUCAGUUUUCGGAUGCCGCUCAAGAAGGAGCCAUGGGGGCCAUGUGCAAGAUUUGCGAGGACAGCGCCAAGACUCUUGAUCGCGAGCUGAACGGCCAGCGGCCCCUGGCCUUCAUUCUUCCCAAACUCAUCGAGGCGACUAAGAGUCCUCUGGUCAAGGUUCGGACCCAGUCGCUGACCGCGAUCAACGUCUUCGUGCCGCGCAAAUCGCAAGCCAUGUUGAAUUCGAUCGACGACCUCCUUCAGCAUCUUUUCUUCCUCGCCACCGAUGAUAAUACCGACGUUCGUCGGCAGGUGUGCAAGGCCUUUGUUCAGCUCGUCGACGCUCGACCCGACAAGCUCGAGCCCCAUAUUUCCGGCCUCGUUGAUUACAUCUUGACGCAGCAGAAGAGCGACGACCCCGAUCUUGCUCUCGAAGCUUCCGAAUUUUGGCUUGCUGUCGGCGAACACGACCACCUGUGGAAGGCGCUGGAUCCCUACAUUCACCAAAUUAUCCCGACCCUUCUCGAGUGCAUGGCCUACAGCGGUGAGGACAUUGCGCUCCUUGGCGGUGAAUCGGACGAUGAGGACGAGGAGGAUCUCGCGCAAGAUAUCAAGCCCGCGCACGCGAAGAAGUCGCAAGCGAGAAACUACAACAAAACGGGGGCUCAGGAAGAUUCAAACGGCGCUGGUGCCGACCAGAUGCCCGGCCUCGACGAUGGCGAUCUGGAGGACGGCGAGAUUGACGAAUCGGAGGACGGGGACAACCCUGAGGAGCGUUGGACUCUCCGGAAGAGCUCUGCCGCCGCCCUGGAUGUGUUUGCCCGCGACUUCAAGAAUCGCGUCUUCGAGUGCAUAUUGCCGUUCCUCACGAACAAUCUCAAACAUCCGGAUUGGCCCUACCGCGAGGCCGCCGUCCUCGCGUUGGGUGCCGUAAGUGGUGGUACGCCAAAUUACCUGCUGGACGUUGAGCCGAUAUUCCUCGUGGGCGUACAGGAGGCUGCUGCAUCGGCCGUGGCCAACCUGCUGGAAACUUCAGGCAAGCAGAUCGAACCCUAUGCGGGUCCCAUCAUCCAGCAGUUUGUGAGGUGCUUCAACAGCUACAAGGACAAAAACAUGUACAUUCUCUAUGACUGUGUCCAGACACUGGCCGAGCAGAUCGGUCCCGUGUUGGCGAGACAGGACCUCGUGAACGAGCUUAUGCCUGCCCUCAUCACCCGUUACCAAAAAGUCCCGGACGAGUCGAGAGAGCUGUUUGCGCUUCUCGAGUGCCUCUCGUACGUUGCUAUGGCCCUGCGCAAGGCGUUUGCGCCUUACGCGGAGCCCAUCUUCCAGCGCUGCGUGAACAUUAUCCACAUGAACCUUGAGCAAACCAUGGCAGCGACGAGUAACCCCGAAAUUGAUGAACCCGACAAGGAUUUCCUAGUCACCAGCUUGGAUCUCUUGAGCUCCAUUAUCCAGGUCCUCGAAGGAAGUGGCUCAACGGAGCUCGUGAACAGCACCAACGGAUCGCUCUUCGAGUUGCUGGGGCUUUGCCUCGAGGAUCCCUCGGAUGAGGUUAGGCAAUCAGCCUACGCGCUGCUUGGCGACUGCGCGAGAUAUGUCUUCCCGCAACUGCAGGCCUAUCUUCAAUCAAUGCUACCGAUUCUUCUCAAGCAGCUCGAUUUUGAAAGCGCGCCGGAUGAGGAUAUCGACAGCAGCUUUGCCGUCAUUAACAACGCAUGCUGGUCGGUGGGUGAAAUUUCGAUGCAGCACAAGAAGGGAAUGGCGCCGUAUAUCACUGAGAUGCUCCAACGGUUUGUAGAGCUCAUGACAAACCCGCGUGUGCCCAGGAGCCUGGUGGAGAACGCCGCCAUCGCUCUCGGCCGGCUGGGUCUCGAUAACGCGGACCUUUUGGGCCCUGCAUUACCCCAGUUCUCGGAGGAAUUUAUGAAUGCGAUGGAGGAUGUCGACCCUAGCGAGGAGAAGGCCAGCGCGUUCAAGGGCUUCACCAUGAUUGUGGGCCAGAACCCCGAGGCGAUGGAAAAGACACUCUUGCAGUUCUUCUCAGCCAUUGCGCGGUAUCGGGACCCUACUCUUCAAAAACCCCUUAAGCAGGAACUGCAUGAUGUUUUCCAGCAGGCCGUCAACACCUACAAACAAAUGAUCCCCCACUUCAACGAUUUCCUGGGACAGAUGAAUCCGGAAGACCGCCAAGCCCUGGCGGCGACCUAUGCAGUCUAA